UAAUUCUCUCGUCUUCUUCAAUGUAAUAUAUGUUGCUAGACUUAUCUGAGAGAAUUGACUUGAGAGAGCUUCUUCUAUCUUAACUCAUACCAUUUGCAUAUAGUUAUAUAUAGAAUACAAGAGAAUAUAUAUAUUUUCUAUUGCCAAAUUAGUCUUUUGACUUUUUCCAUUAGUCUGUAUAAGUAGUGAGUAUUCAUCUUCCUAUCCCUUAGUGCCAGACCACAUUAUGACCUUCUCGACACAACAACUCCCUCUCCUUCUUCAUCUCAUCUUCUUCUUCUUCUUCUUCAUCAUCUUCCCUCUCCUCCACGCAUCACAACCAAAACCCUGCUACACUUCCUCAUGUGGACAAGGAAACGUUGAUGUCCGUUUCCCUUUCUCGCUGUUCCCUUAUCAACCUGAGUCAUGUGGCUACACGGGAUUCAAUCUUUUAUGCACAGAUGGUGGCAAUACUGCCUUAAAGCUUCCUCCUAUGUCGGAACCAUUUCUGGUUAAAGAGAUUGAUUAUGAAACGCAGCGUAUUCGCCUUAACGACCCUGAGAACUGCUUGGCUAGAAGGCUUCUUAACUUUGACGCCUCUGGAUCUCCUUUUUCUCCUCUUCGUCCUCGCAAAUACACGUUCUUGAUCUGUCCUAAGGAAGAUAACGUCACCGCAUCUUUCAGUGCCAUCGAUUGCCUUGGUAACUCCACUUCCUCCUUCUUCGUUGUCCAGUUGGAGCUGGUCAGCUUGAUGCCGUCUUCUUGUCAGAUCUUUAAGACGUUACCUCUUCCGUUUUCUUGGUCUGUCGCCUACACGGCAUUCCCCGGUGGCCAAAACAGUCGAGACCUGUGGCUCAAAUGGGACUCCCCUGAUUGCAGAGAUUGUGAGAGGAGGACUAAUUCGAGAUGUGGAUUCAAAAACAAUACUUCCCUCCAAGCCCAAUGCUUCAGUUCUGUUAACUCUGGACUUCACAACACAGGCUUACAAGUACUAAAGAUAAUCUGCCUCUCCCUAGUCGGACCGCUCACCGCCUUGACCUUUUGUGUCGGUCUUGUCAUGUGCAGUUCUGAGAGAGUCUCGUCCCAGAUACAACACGCAGUGGUUGCAAGGCUUUCCGGAUCUGUAACGGUAAGGCCACAGCCAAGCGAUGAAGUCACAAGGACGGGUCUCGAUGAGUCUACUAUUGAGUCGUACAAGAAAUUUGAGUUAGGGGAGAGUAGGAGACUCCCGACCGGGUCAAAUGAUGUUGUAUGUUCCAUUUGUUUGUCAGAAUAUGCAACCAAAGAAAGUGUUAGGUGUUUACCGGAAUGUGAACAUUGCUUCCAUACGGAAUGUAUUGAUGCGUGGCUCAAGUUGCAUAGUUCUUGCCCGGUUUGUCGGAGUAAUCCCUCUCCGACCCAUGAAGGGUGCAACUAACUUUUGUAUGCAUGAAUGUAUAUAAAGUCUCUUGGAUUUGCUAAAAGAUAUUCUUUUGAUGCAUCUCCAAAAUGUUUUAUUA